GUCUCUGAUGCGCUGGUAUAUUUCAAAAUGUCAUCAGCUGAUAGUUAAGUUGUGUUGUCCAACAGUAGCAUCAGGUUUAGAAGCUUUUAUAAAUGAUAAAAAGUUGGGAAUUUUAUAUUUGUCUACCUAUAUAAAUAAUUGUAAUUUUUAUAAGUACUGUACUAGUUUGUUUGCUCUCCUUUACAAAUUUAAAAUUAAUUUAUUCUCAAAUUUCAUGAUUUUGGAGGUUAUAACUAAGGAAUCCAGUUAUGCCAAGACAUAAAUUAAGCAUAUACCUAUUGAUUCUAUUACUAGCAGUACAAAGUAUAGCUGAAGAAAAAGAUAAAAAUGACUUAAAAAACAGUGACAUUCCAGACAGUGAUGAUGCUGAAGCGAGUGAGAUGGGACCUCCAUCUGCAAUUACUAUUGUGGAUGCCCCAGACUUGUCGAAGGAGGGACCAUUAACUGAUUCAAAAGAAGAAGAUGAUGAAGAAAUAAACAGUAUUUUGAAUAACAAACUGUCCGCCUUCGAAAUGUUAUCAGCUAUACCAGGGGAGACCUGGGUCCAAAAGCUCUUGGCUGCAGAAGUUGAGAGCGAUGACGAGGAUGAUUUGAGUGAAACAGAAGUUGAGGUAGAUGAAGGUGAUCAGCCUUCAGUAGAGCUGACAGCAGAAGAAAAGGAAGCUGCUGCACUGUACGAGAUGGGGAUGGUGAAGCUGAAUGGUACAGUAAAGCCCAACAAGGCAGAAGCGUAUGGACUGCUCGUACGUUCAGCCGAGCUGGGCAACAAGGAUGCUAAGGUGAUGGUGGCAUGGGCACAAUUGCUUGGAUCCUAUCUUCCAUUGGACACUACCAAUGCACGACGCACCUUCCAGGAACUUGCGGACAGUGGAGUACCUGACGGACAUAUGGCAUUAGGAUUCAUGUAUGCGGCAGGAAUAUCGGUGAACGCAAGCCAGGCACGGGCUCUUGUCCACUACACGUUCGGAGCUAUCGGAGGCAAUGUGUGGGCACAGAUGGCUCUUGGCUACAGGUACUGGUCAGGUAUCACAGUGCCCAACAGCUGUGAGAAGGCUCUAGACUUCUACAGGAAAGUGGCUAAUAAAGUGGCGAGUGAGGUGACACUGUCGGGUGGGCCUGUUGUACAGAGAGUUAGGCUCCUGGAAGAGGUGGAGAAUCCAGGCUACAACUCCGGGAUCUUGGACAAUGACCUCAUAGAGUACUAUCAGCUGUUGGCUGAGAAAGGGGAUGUCCAGGCUCAGGUUGGGCUAGGACAGCUGCACUACCAGGGGGGCAGAGGUGUCCCACAGGACCCCCAGAGAGCACUGCACUACUUCAUGCAAGCUGCUGAUGCUGGCAACCCUAUAGCUAUGGCUUUUCUGGGCAAGAUCUACCUAGAAGGCAGCGAGGCAGUGCAGCAGGACAAUGAUACGGCCUUCAAGUACUUCAAGAAGGCAGCUGACAUGGGCAACCCAGUGGGGCAGAGCGGGCUGGGUCUUAUGUACCUGCACGGGAAGGGCGUGGAACGUGACUAUCAGAAGGCAUGGAAGUUCUUCUCUGCAGCGGCGGAGCAGGGUUGGGUCGACGGGCAGCUGCAACUUGGCAUCAUGUACUUCAAUGGACUAGGCAUGCGGCGGGACUACAAGUUGGCUAACAAGUACUUCAACCAGGCAUCUCAGUCUGGCCACGUGUUGGCCUUCUACAACUUGGCACAGAUGCAUGCCACAGGGACUGGCAUGAUGCGGUCGUGUACUACAGCUGUUGAGCUUUACAAGAACGUAGCAGAGAGAGGCAAAUGGGGCGAGAAGCUAAUGGAGGCACACCAACAUUACCGGGAGCUGAGAUACAAUGAGGCCUACCUUACAUAUUCUCUACUGGCCGAACUGGGCUACGAGGUGGCACAGAGUAAUGCAGCCUUCAUGCUGGACAGAGGAGAGGUGUCACUGUGGGGAACAGAGCGUGAGUUGUAUGUGCGCGCGCUGCAGUACUGGGGCCGUGCUGCUGCUCAAGGCUACUCCCCUGCGCAGGUCAAGCUGGGAGACUACCACUACUACGGGCUGGGCACAGCUGUGGACUACGAGACAGCAGCCAUGCACUACCAGCUAGCGUCGGACCAACAACACAACGCACAGGCUAUGUUUAAUCUCGGCUACAUGCACGAGCAAGGACUCGGCAUGCAACAGGAUAUCCACUUAGCCAAGAGAUGCUAUGACAUGGCAGCCGAAACCAGCGUGGACGCUAAAGUGCCUGUAGCGCUAGCUCUCCUCAAGUUGUCUUUCAUGUUCAGCUUGAAAUACUUCCAAGAGAGUCACUGGUAUGACUGGUUCGGUGUGCUGAACCUGGAUCACUCCCUGGGACCGAACUGGGACUUCUACCUUCUGUCUGCUCUACUCGGCCUGCUGGGUAUCGUCAUGUACUUCCGGAGGCCGCAACACUGAACGUUAUCUUACUAGGCACCGACACUGCCAACGUCUCCACUCUUCUCCUAGCACGAAUUUAAGAACAAGUUUCUUUCAAGAAUUCAUUUUGACCAAUUCUGAAUAAUGAAAGCUUGCCUUUAAAUAUAUUUUCACAUUUACACUUCCAUUUUGUUAUGAAUUCAAGGGCAAAUAGAAACAUAUUGUUUUAUUUCUUAAAGACGCCUAAUUGGAUCUUUUCUAUCAAUACAUUCUUGAAUAAUAUAGCUAGGAAUUAUCUGUGGAAAUUGAUCACUAAACAAUCAGUUUGUUUUUACAAGUUUUCAUAACCACUGAUCAAGACUGAUUCAGAGGGUUUUUUUUGUAUCAGUCAUCUCUCAGAUGUACUAAGGACUCUUCAUGUGAUUUCUUAUAUGCUCAAGAGUUUUGUAGGCUCCCGAACUGUUUCCUGUAUUGAAUGGCAUUGGAUAUUAAAUUUAAUAGAGCCUGCCUUAGUUCAUAAAUUGAAUUUCCAUGUUUUUACGUAUUUUUCCCCUUUCUUUAUUAUGACCAUACAGAUCUAAGUGGAUUUGUUAUUAACUUUUAAAUGAAAUAUUAAAGUUAUCUCUCUACACAAUUUAUUUAUCUCUUAUUAGAAGGAGGCUUCCAAAAUACUGUAUAGUAGUUUUAUCAAUAUAUAUUUCAAUUUUGUUAAAUCUUUCAUUGUGAUCUAAUUUCAUUUUUUUUUCUUUUAAAUAUUAUACAGUACUGAACUAUGAUCAAUGUUUCUUAAUUAUUAUUUUCCUGUAUCACAUAUUUGCUUUGAAUUUUAACAUGUUUCUAAGUUUAUUGAUCUUUAUCUUAUUAGGUUGUACAGUAGAUUUCCAAAAAUCCAAACUGAUUUGUACUAAUAUACCUCUUAUUAUAAAAACUGUGACUACUGAGUAAUAUUGAUAAAAAAAAGUAUGGAAUUAAUUUAGAGACCUGGAACUGUUUCGUAAUUUAUACAAAGGGCGAUUUGUAAUAGUAUAUGGGGAAAAUUGUAGUAACAUAUUAGGCGCAUGUUACAGUCUCUACUUUGUACAGUUGUCAAAACGUUGUAAGUGUAAUACAUUUUUUUCCAAAUUCCCUCAAGAUGCAAGAAACUUCAAAGUUACUAAGAUUAAUGAAUUACAAUAACAGUUUUAGUUAUUAAAUGAACCUACAAGAUAAAAUUAGUUUAUCCAUAAUUAUUUAAUAUUAUUGCUCUAGAUGGUCAGUUUGUAUUAGCUUAAAAUAUCGAGUACCUAUACUUUUUGUCACAAAGACUAAAAAGGAAACAUUUUGUAAUUAGUAUGUAUAAUAAUUGUAGUGGUUUAUAUGUGAACUGAUUCCUACACAUUUUAAGGCGUGUUUCAAGAGUGUAAAUGUUAAAUGUGUGCAGCAUUGUGUCAUUACCUUAUUGGAUUUUGAAAAGUUUAUACUGAUUUUUGGGUUUAUGUAUUUAUGUUUUUAUCCACAAGAUACAAAUUUGUUUUGAUCAUCACUGAUAAUCGAAUGUUAAAAUUAAUCCUAAUGCAAUGUUUGUAUUCAAAUAAUGUUAAAGUUGAUUUAAAUAUCCAUAGUGUGUUUGGUGUAAAAAUUUAAUUUGUAUGUACAGUUUUUAUUUUUUAUUUGAAUUUUUUUGCUAUUGUUUUAAAGUAUACUAAACAAAAUUAUUGUUUACUUUAUAUCGUAUGGUGGAUUAUGUUUGUAAAUAGUAUGCUGUUGAUCGUUUGUACAUAUUAUGUCAAAUGUGAUAAAUUAUUUAAGUUAAAA